CGGGCGCCAGGUGGCGCCGCAGCGCGGGCGGCGGCGGCGGAAGGAGGAAGCGUGAGGUCGGUGCGGAGCCAUGGCGCUCCGCGGCGAGCUGUGGGCAGAGCUGCCAGCUGAGAAGCGCAUCUUCUGUUCCGUGCUGCUCUUCUCCUGGGCCGUCUACCUCUGGGAGGCCUUCCUAGCGCACCGGCAGAGACGGGUGUAUAGAACAACAACACAUGUACCACGGGAACUAGGACAGAUCAUGGAUUCAGAAACAUUUGAAAAAUCUCGUCUGUAUCAGCUGGACAAAAGUACUUUCAGCUUUUGGUCAGGCCUGUAUUCAGAGGUUGAGGGCACUAUGAUUCUGAUCUGCGGUGGAAUUCCUUUUCUCUGGGAUCUCUCUGGUCAGAUUUCUGGUCGUGCUGGGUUUGGACCAGAAUAUGAGAUUAUUCAGUCACUGGUAUUCCUGCUGCUUGCAACGCUCUUCAGUGCAUUGACCGGUCUCCCAUGGAGUUUAUAUAACACAUUUGUCAUAGAAGAAAAACAUGGCUUCAAUCAACAGACACUGGGAUUUUUUUUCAAGGAUGCCAUCAAGAAAUUUAUCGUAACUCAGUGUAUUCUGUUGCCAGUGACAUCCCUUCUGCUUUAUAUUAUUAAAAUAGGGGGUGACUACUUCUUCAUCUAUGCCUGGCUCUUCACAUUAGUUGUUUCCUUGGUGCUUGUUACAAUCUAUGCAGACUACAUUGCACCUUUAUUUGAUAAAUUCAUUCCACUUCCUGAGGGAGAGCUCAAGCAACAAAUUGAAACAAUGGCAAAGAGCAUUGACUUCCCAUUGACUAAGGUGUAUGUUGUUGAAGGUUCUAAGCGUUCUUCUCAUAGCAAUGCUUACUUCUAUGGAUUCUUCAAGAAUAAGCGGAUAGUGCUAUUUGACACUCUCCUAGAAGAUUAUUCUGCACUGAACAAAGAGCCAGCAGAAGGAGAAGAGGGUGAGAAUGAAGAGACAAAGUCUAAAACAAAAAAUAAGAAGCAGGGAUGUAAAAAUGAAGAAGUUCUGGCUGUCCUUGGUCAUGAAUUGGGUCACUGGAAACUAGGUCACACUGUCAAAAACAUUAUCAUCAGUCAGAUGAAUUCCUUCCUGUGCUUCUUCUUGUUUGCUGUGUUAAUUGGUCGAAAAGAGCUCUUUGCUGCAUUUGGUUUCUAUGAGACUCAGCCUACCCUGAUAGGCUUGAUGAUUAUUUUCCAGUUCAUUUUUUCACCUUACAAUGAGAUUCUCUCUUUCUGCUUGACUGUAUUAAGCCGACGAUUUGAGUUUCAAGCAGAUGCAUUUGCCAAGGAACUUGGGAAGGCUAAAGACCUAUAUUCUGCUUUGAUCAAAUUAAACAAAGAUAACUUAGGAUUCCCUGUUUCUGACUGGAUCUUCUCAAUGUGGCAUUAUUCCCAUCCACCCCUUUUAGAAAGACUUCAGGCCUUGAAAGAUACAAAGCAAGAGUGACAGGAAUCACUGUUGGUUCAAAGACAGUGCUUCCAUCUCAGAGGCAAAGUUCAGAGCUGCUUUUUAAAUUCUUUUUAAAAUGGAUAACUCCAUCUGAGUGUGAUAUUAACAGCGCAACAAAUCUGAGAAUCCUGAAACAGGUAUUAAAUUAUAAAUUACUUUUUUAAACAAAAAAACUGUGGUACUUAAUUUAGAAAAACAUACUGGGUGAAGACCAAGACACCUUUCCCUCCACACGCUGGCUUUUUUUAUCUCCAUAUCAUAGUACAGACUUGUAAGAGAAGAAAAAAUAAUACUUCAAAGCACCUAUUUCUUCAGUUGAACAUUGGUUUUGAUCCUUUUCUCAUUCUCAGUGUUCUGUAAACCUUCCCUUCCCAUCCUCAGCCUUUAUUCACAAUGAAGAGAUACUGAGUGACUUGGUUUCUUACAUCAUAACUGUAUUAGCCCAUCACUGUUGGUGUUUAAAAAAAAGUUUAAUGCAAGUACAGGCCUUUCCGCUGGAUUCCAGUUCAUGUCUGUUGUAAUUGAAAAUGCUACUUAAUAAAGCCUCCUUUUUCAGAAAUGUGGGAAUAAGGAAAUGUACCAUGGCCUCCUUGAAAAUGACGAUUAGUCUGUAUUCAGUAGCAUUAUAGUGAUAUUCUUCUCUUCUCCACUGUGCUUCUGGGGGUGUGGAAAAAUGUUAUGGAGAGUCCAGACAGGACCCAUGGAAGGACUCAGGAAGAAAGCUGCUGAUUUACAGAAUCAUAGAAUGACUUGGGUUGGAAGGGACCUUAAAGAUCAUCUAGUUCCAACACCCCCCCCCCCCAACCAUGGGCAUAAUUCUUUGUUCUCCCUUUUGCUUGUGAGCAUAAUAGUUAACAGCUUUUCCAUACCUCAGUUCCUCCAUUUCUGUCAACCUUGGCCUCAUUUUAUUGUGUAUAUGGAAGUGGUCAGAUGCUUGAACAGUGUGUCAGAAUUUAACUUCCAUUCUGAGGGCAGAGAGAGGUCUGGAGGCUUUGUCCCCCACUCUGGGGAGGGUUUUUCCAUUAAUUUGGAUCCAACUGAAAUAGUGUUGGAAUACUUAGAAAAUUUUCGUCCCCAUUUUGAUACAAAUAAUACAAGAUUUAGUUUAUUCAUGUAGGUUAGGGAAAGGCAAAUGGGUAACUGGGGAAAUCGCUUCUGCAUCUGUUAUCUCAGAUGAGAGGUGCAAUUAAAUUUACUUUUGUUGAAUAAAGAUAGCAGUUAAAUGUAGGAUUGUAUGUGUCAUACAAAUGUUUUGGACCAGACUGAAUGCAAAUACUUCAUAUAAAAAUCAGAUUUUAUAUCUGUGGUAAAUUAAGAAGUUCUCUUUGAACAGAGAUGAGCAGAACAAGUCAAAGCAAAUUUGAUCCUUUCAGGUGUCUGAGUAUUCUCAGAGACUACCAUUAAUUAAAUUCGUUUUUGUGAUCAUAGUGAAAAAUGCCUUACAAGAUGGGCGUGAUGAUGUCUCAGGUGCAGCAAGAUACAAGAUGUUGCUGGAAACCAUAUGUAUGCCUUAUUCUAUUUGUGUUUAUACCCUAAAGCAUGAGCAUGUGAAGUUAAACUAUGGAUAUGGACUUAGGAGACAGUUUUUAAUGAUAUGGGGAGCCUAUAAUUUGUCAUAUUAAUUGCAUUGAAUAAAUGGCCUUGAAAA